AGCCCCAAUCGAUAAGCAAAAUAUUUAUAUUCUGAAGUCCAGCUUUGGCAUUACUAAACAAAAUUUUCCCUUAAAAACUAUAGAACAGACCCUAGAUCAGAGCGUGAGUUGCAACAUUAAAGUCGCGAACCUUCAGGAACAUUCGGUGCAGAGGGUAUAUAAACGACUUGCCGACGGAACUGGUGCACACACAAAGUACCACCUUCGAAGAAACCUACGGCGUAGUAGGCGAUAGCAAAUAAAACCUACGAACAAGGAAAAAAAUUCCCUGCAAUCAUAAACAAAUCAACAGCUGAACUAACGAACGAACUAAAACUAAUUUUACAAAAAUGCCGGAAAAACUGUUGAAAAUCACCUACCAGGCCGAUGGAGCCCAAAAGAAAAUAAAUGCGUAUUUGAGGAUGCCGUCGCAAACCUACUCCGUUUUGCGUCGUGAAAUCGAGCUAUACUUGUUUACUGAACGCCACCUUCCCCAAUGUGAGAUCAGGACCUUUUGGAUCGAUACCGAUCAUGAUGAAAUCGAGAUAGUAAACCAGAAUGACUACGACAUUUUUCUGGCCAAAUGCGAGCAGAAUAUGCACGUACAAAUAGCUCCCCUCACUCCCAAUGUCAUCAAGAAGGAAGCGUCCUCCGCCGGGGCAUCGGCUCCCUCGGCCGACGAUCUGAGCAAUUUCACCAUCCACGAUCGCGUUGAGUGCGACGGCUGUGGACUGGCACCAAUUGUUGGGUUCCGCUACAAGUGCGUCCAGUGCAGCAAUUUCGACCUCUGCCAGAAAUGUGAAACGGAGCAUAAGCAUCCAGAUCAUUUGAUGAUUCGCAUGCCUACCAAUGACGGUCCCAGCUUGAUAGAUGCCUAUAUUACAGGAUCGAACCCACACGGCCGCCGAUGCGGCCGCCGUUCUAGGGGUCACUGCCCCUUCGCAGAGGCUACCCAAGGAGCUAGUGCUGCUCCGUCGGGUGAAGCCCCGCGGGAGGGCCGCCGUGAGCGCCGCCACAACCGUCGCAAUGUUUUUUCCCAAAUUAUGGAGGUGAUGGCAAACUUGCCUUUAAACGAACCAACUGUGGCUUCUGCUGCUACAACAGCUGCUCAAUCGAAGCCCAAGGAAACUGCUGCACCUGCCGAGACUCCCACGGCUCCAGCUCCAGAAUCGGUUACUCCGAAGCCAGAGGACAGUGCAAAUGUUCAAAAGGAAGGUAAACCGUCUGAGGAGAAGAAGAAUUCCUCGGUUUCAACUGAGGCUUCUACCAUGGACAAGGAACCAGAAGCUACUCCUACUCAGGGCACUCCGACUCAAGGCAGUGUUCCAACCACUCCAGUGAUCAAUCUUGAGAAUCUGUCACAAAUGGUACCACCCGAGUACAUGAAAGCCGGUAUUGAAAUCUUGAACAAUUUUAGUGAGAUGUUCGCCAAGAUGAUCGAUCCCACUGAGUCUACUCCUUCAGGAAGCUAUGCUCCAUCGAUGUCCUCCGGAACAGAAGUCCCCAAACCUACCCAGACCGAAAAAUCCACCGCUUCUUCAGUCAACCAAUCUGGUGCCACAUCUGUUUCAAGCUCCUUUUCUGAGGCACCUCUUGAUACGGAGCCAUUGCUGCCCAAGGAAACAGCUUCUCCUAAGAUCGUCAGCGAGCAGGUACAGGAAAGGCGUCGCUCGGAUAGUUUGGACCACGACUGGCAAAUGGUCGACGAUAAUGGUUCGCCUUCGAGUUCAAAAAUGGCCAGCACUGACGCCUUGAUUAAUAUUGAUUCUACCGGUCCCCCGGCUGCUCCUCAGCAACAGGUGCGUGACUUUGGAGAGCUGAGCGAAAUGCUCCGCCAACACAUUAAUGAAGAGGCUCGUAUUGAGCAAGCCACAGCCAAUACACAGACCUCCCAAGUGGACACUGUAAGCACGUCGACUUCCACUACAUCUGUCUCAACCAACAGCGUCGGAACGUCACCAACAGCCCCAGAGGAGAAGCGCAGCGUUCCCGUCUACCACACCAAUGAGGGCAUUAAUUCGGCCAUUCAUGCUAUGAUGGCCAUGGGUUUCAGCAACGAGGGAGCCUGGCUCACCCAAUUGCUCGAGUCGGUCAAUGGAAACAUACCAGCCGCUUUGGAUGUCAUGCACCUCUCGCAAAAUCGCAACUAAGUUGGCGUUCUUAUUUUAUAUAAAAAUGUAUAUCUAUCUUGUAUCUUCAAUAUUUGUGAGCCCAAUGCGGUAUUUUGUUUUUAUCAGUUAACUAUGUACUACUAGUAGGUGCUUUCUUCGCUUGGUGAUUGAUAAAACGCGCUACCAAAUAACAAAAAAGAAAUGUUUAAAUAUAUUUUAUGUUUCAAAUAAUCAAAAGUAUGUUAUCAAUGUAUUCAAAGAAUAAAUAAAUGCAAUAUAUAUAAAGGCA